AUGGCAGCCGCAGCACUGAGGGCGCAACUCAACGCUCAUAUCGCCGGCAUGUACACUGAUGGUGUCGUGGACGAGGACAUGUUCGAGGAGCUGCCGGACGAGGGCACCGCCGUCGAGGUCUCCCGCCUCUUCAUCUACGAGGCCUCCAAGAUCAUUGACGACAUCGUCAUCCUGAUGUCCGCCCCCACGCCCUCUAUCAUCUCUCCCUCUGCUCUCUGUCUCGGGGAGGAGCCCGAAGUGGACUUUGAUGAGGUGGAAGCCCUGACGCAGCAGCUCAUGCGGUGUACCUCCAGUGUUGGUGCACAGCAAGUGAACCUCGCCUGCAUGCACUUCGGCAAUUUCUAUGCCAUACAAUACAAACAUGGGUGUCUCGUGUCAUUGGCUCUUGUUAGGAAUGAGUUCUAUAUUGUGCGACAUGAGUUGGAGAUCAUGAUGCAGCUCGAAGAGCAGAUCGCGGCAUGCGGUCCUAACUCCUAA